AUGAGGAGGUUCCUGUUGAAAGGAGAAAAUAAUUGCGGACAGCAGGAAGGGGCGGGGCCAGCUUGUCGGGGUCGAAGGGGACGAAGCAGUAGCUCCUGGAGAGAAAAGCCGGAGCUCCAGCCCAACCUGGGUUACCACUGUGGCCACUGGUAUGAGCAACAGCAUAGCUUGUACCCUCUUUCCUACUACAGCUAUGACUCUGCAGUGGAUAGAAGUGAACCCAACCUUCUCACUGUGCAUGAGACUCCUGCAGACCCAGCUGGAACUCCCGUUAUGCCUGAGGAAACCAUAGCUGCAGCUGAAAACCAAGAUGAAGACCCGCUAGCAGAUCCAAACCUCAGUUUGAAUAUUGAAGAAUUAAACAAGGAGUUCAUGGUGAAAAGUGAAGAGCUCUACGACUCCCUCAUGAGUUGUCACUGGCAGCCUCUGGAUACAGUUCAAUCUAGCAUCCCAGAUGAGACCCCAAAGUGAAGGAUGUUCACUAGGUCAUCCAAGUAUCAAAUUAAUUGUAUCUUGUUUUGGUUUUGGAGGAAAAAAAUUCUUCCAGGAAUGUACUGGAUUCUGUAUGUAAACACAAACUUCCAGGACUUAAAUGUGAUUGAUGUGGUGAGAUGUGAUAUAAAUACACUGU